GAAGUUUUUCACAUUUUUCAACAAGUUUAAUUUUAAGUAACCUUUCCCUGUGGAUUCGAUCCUGUAAGAUACUACAACGCCUGUAUACUUGCAGGUAAAACUGCACUAGAUUUUUGAUUCAUUAAUUCGAGUCAGAUUUUAGUCGCAUCAGUCACCACCAUCAAUCCAGAUCCUCCAGAACCUUCGAAUGCUCAAUCUGGAGGAUUGUCUUUUAGGAGAUGUGUCGGCAAUUGGAACCCUUGGAAACUUAGAAAUUCUUGGCUUUCCUAAUUCCAAUGUUGUAUUGCCACGGGAAAUAGGAAAUCUUAGUCGAUUGAAGUUACUAGAUAUGAAGGGAUAUUAUUCUAAAAAGCGAAUUGCAGCAGGUGUAUUUUCUGGUUUAUCAAAACUAGAAGAAUUGUACGUUGAAGGAUUCACGAAUUGGGGAUGUACGACUAUGAUGGAAGGAAAUGGAGAAGUGACAAAUAAUAAUGCAAGCCUCACUGAACUAAUUCCUUAUUCCAAUCAACUGGUGGUUUUAGAAAUCAGUGUACCAAGUAUUUGUUGCUUGCCAGAAGAAUUGGACUUCUGUAAUUCUGAUUUCAGAUUUAAUAUAAAUGGUAGAGACGAUGGGAGGUAUUUAUUUGAAAAUACUUUGGGACUCAAAAUAGAGGAUGCAAGUGAUCUUGGGGAACACCGAACAUUUCGUUCACUGUUGAAGAAAGCUGUAGUUUUGUGGUUGGAUAUUGCAAAAAAUUCAAAACAUAUUUGGUUUGAGAAAGAGCAAAAAAGAAUUUUACCAUGCACCUUGAAGGAUCUAAAAAUUUCUAGAUGUGAAGAUUUAGAAUAUCUACUUGAAGGCGCAUCGGAUGUUACUCCACCUAAUACCUUCCAUCUCCUGGAGUCACUAUCAUUAAAUAACUUACCAAGGCUCAUUGGCAUCUGUAAUUCCACGGAUUCAGUUAAGGAGGUUAUACUAUGGGAAUGCAACUUGAUGGAAAUUAUUAUUCAAAGGGAGUACGAAGCUGGAGAAGAAAGGAGAGUUGAUAUUUUGAGUAGGGAAGCCCAUUCUCUUAAGUGGCCAUCCAUAAAGAAUAUCGAAUUGUCCAAAUGUCCAAACUUAAAAACAUUUGGUUCAGAAGUUAAAAACAGAAGAAAUGAAAGAAAGAUGGAUGCAGAAUUGGAUCCAAGAGCCCAAGAGCCUAGUGCCGCCUCCUCAUCGGCAAGAGAAUCUUCAGGACGUUUUAACCAAUGCAUGGAGUCUUGUGUACCACGUUGCAGGAAUUAUAGUCCAGCCCAACGAAAUAGCAGCUCCUCUUUCGGAGAGAAUAAGCAAGACUUAAUUAACAAAAAGAUUACGUUGACAAAUCAAGGGGAGGAAAAUGUGAGUGAGACUGAAAAUCAAACAAAGAUGUUGUCUCUGUUUCCACACAACUUGAUUGAAAGUUUGGAAAAUCUACAAAAACUUACUGCAUAUCAAUGUGAUUCAUUGGAAGUGAUAUUUGAACUUGAGGGACUAAAUACUGAAGAAAGCAAUAGCUUCAACAAUUUGACAAAGUUGUCGUUAAGAUAUUUAUCGAAGUUGUUGCAUAUAUGGAAGAAAGGCCCACGAGAUAUUAAGGGAUUCAAUUACUUGAGAUGGCUACAAGUAUGGAAAUGUAAUAGUUUGAAAUGUUUAUUCACACCAUCCAUAGCAGAACUUCUUGUGAAAUUAGAGGAAAUAGAAGUACAUGGCUGCAAUGAAAUGGAAGCAGUCCUUGCAAAAGAAUUAGGAGAUGAAGAGAAUAGAGAUGUGAUUGUAUUUCCUCUAGUGAAGACCCUCGAGCUCAUGAAUUUACAAAAGUUGGAAUGUUUUUACACCGAAGAUAAUCAUGCUUUUGAAUGGCCAUCUCUGGAUAGAAUAACAAUAACUGGAUGCCCCAAAUUAAAAAUGUUUGCUUCGACAAGUACAAAAACACCUAAGCUGAAGGGAGUGUAUACGAUCAUGUCCGAAACGCAUCUACUAUUGAAUGAAAGAGAUUUUCAACCAAUGAUAGAAGGAAACCUCAAUGCCACCAUACAACACAUUAUCAAGAAAAAGGCAAAUGCCGCAUCUGGGAUGGCUGUACAUGAUGAUUGCAAACUAAGGUUUUUAGAUCUGAAGGCAAAAAGAACUUACCGCUUUAUUGUUUACAAAAUUGAAGAGAAGCAAAAGCAGGUUUUUGUGGAGAAGCUUGGUGAACCAAGUGAUAGUUUUGAGGAUUUUUCUGCCAGCCUUCCUGCUGAUGAGUGCCGAUAUGCUGUGUAUGACUUUGACUUUGUGACAGAAGAGAAUGUCCCAAGGAGCCGGAUUGAGUUCAUUACUUGGUCCCCUGAUACUGCGAAAGUGAGAAGCAAGAUGAUUUAUGCGAGCUACAAGGACAGGUUCAAGAGAGAGUUGGAUGGUAUUCAGGUGGAGUUGCAAGCUACCGACCCUACCGAGAUGGGCCUCGAUGUUAUUAGAAGCCGGUCUAACUGAAAGUAAAAUGCCAGCUAUGCAAUGGAGAUAUCUCCAACUGUCUGAUUCAAUGUUUAUAGUUUGUGGAACUUAUUACUUGCUUUAAUCCUAUGAUGAUGGCUUUUUUUCACAUUUUAAAACAUCUUGAAUUCUUAUUUGUGGUUUUAUUGGGUUAUCACCUUUUAGUGUGAAUUUAUUAUACACUUAUUAUUA